AUGUUUGCCAACAGAGUUAGACAAGCACAAAAAUUAUAUCAAAAAAGAUUUUUCAGUUUAGGUAAUAAUUCAACAAUCUCAAAACAACAAUUCAAAAAUUCAAGUAAUAAUAACAACAACAAAAAUGGUGGUAAUAAAAAUGGAUUUUAUCAAAAAGCAUUUAUUGCAACAACAGUCGCUUUAACAACUACACUUUUAACAGCCACUACAUUAUUAGAUGAUAAUACAAAUUCUGAAAAAGAAAUCCUUAAAAGUCAAAGACAAACUUUUGAAAAAUAUGCAUCAACUACACUCGAAGGUGAAAGACAAAUGACAGCAGAAGAUUUUUUAUCAGCAUUAACAACAUUGGAAAGUGAUAAACAAAGUGGUGAACAUGAAAUUUUAAAAGCAAGUUUAGAUGCAGAUAAAUUUAAAGUAUUAUUUCAAAUGGCAGAUGUUGAUCAUACUGGAUAUAUUAGUUUCGAUGAAUAUGUAAUGUUUGAUGAGUUAAUGGCAAAACCAGAAGCAGAGUACUUUUUAGCAUUCAAAUUAUUCGAUAGGGAUGGUAAUGGAUACAUUUCAAAAAAUGAUUUCAAGCAUGUAAUUACAGCAAGUCUUGAUCCAUCAAUUCCAUUCAAUUUCGAUUGUGAGUUGGUAAAUCUAUAUUUUGGCGAUGGUAGAACCGAAUUGAAUUACUCACAAUUCACUCAACUCUUGAAAGAUCUCCAACAAGAACGUAUCAAACAAGAAUUCAAAUUUCAUGAUAAAUAUAACUCUGGUUAUAUCCCACGUGAUAAAUUCGCCAAAGUAUUAGGUUCUGUAAAAUUAAGAAAAAUCCCUGAUCAUGUUAGAGAUAAAUUAGAAUCAAUCUCUGAAUUAAAUUUACUUUCUGGUCAUCCAAAUGAAGUUAGUUAUUCACAAUUUGUUGCUGCAAAUGAUAUGUUAUUACAUAUUCCAUCAUAUGGUAGAGUUUUAAAAGCUGCAAUUUUAAAAAAUAAAAAAGAUAAUAUUAAUAAAGAAGAAUUUUUAACAGAAGCAAGAUCAUCAACAUCAAUUGAAAUUACACCAUUAGAAAUUGAUUUAAUUUUCCAUCUAUUCGAUUUAAAUAAGGAUGGUAAAUUAAGUAUUUCAGAUUUUGAAAAAUCAACAGGAUUAAAUAUUAAUAAGAUUGGUGGUGGUACAAAUUAUAGUGAUUCAUAUCCAAGUGAUAGUCAUGUUACUAUUCAAAAUAGUUCAACAACACCAUCACCAUCAACACCAAUUACUAAUACAGCAGCAGCAAUAGCUUUGAAUAAGAAACACGGUAAAACAUUUGCACAACAAGUAUUGGAAUCAAUUGAAAACUUUGCAUUAGGUUCAAUUGCUGGUGGUAUUGGUGCCGCUGCAGUUUAUCCAAUCGAUUUGGUAAAGACUAGAAUGCAAAAUCAAAGAGCAGUAGACCCAGCCAAAAGAUUAUAUGUAAACAGUUGGGAUUGUUUCAAAAAGGUGGUAAAAUUCGAAGGUGUUAGAGGUUUAUACAAAGGUAUUCUCCCACAAAUGGUUGGUGUUGCACCAGAGAAGGCAAUUAAAUUGACAGUAAACGAUUUACUUCGUGAUUUGUUUGGUGAUAAGAGUAAAGGUGAGAUCUACUUCCCAUUAGAGGUUUUGGCUGGUGGUUUCGCUGGUAUGUCACAAGUUUGUGUCACCAAUCCAUUGGAGAUUGUAAAGAUUCGUCUUCAAGUUCAAUCAACUGGUCCAAAGGUUAGUGCCAUCACCAUCAUUAAGGAGUUGGGUUUAGCUGGUCUCUACAAGGGUGCUGGUGCUUGUCUCCUUAGAGAUAUCCCAUUCUCUGCUAUUUAUUUCCCAACUUACGCUAAAAUGAAAACUAUUCUCGCCAAUGAAGAUGGUAAAUUAGGUCCAAUGGAUCUUUUAUUGGCUGGUGCUGUCGCUGGUAUUCCAGCUGCAAGUUUGGUAACUCCAGCCGAUGUCAUUAAAACUAGACUUCAAGUAAAAGCAAACGCUGGUGAACAAACUUACACUGGUAUUCGUGAUUGUUUCCAAAAGAUUCUCAAAGAAGAAGGUCCACGUGCUCUCUUCAAGGGUGCCCUUGCUCGUGUUUUCAGAUCUUCCCCACAAUUUGGUGUAACUUUAGUCUCCUAUGAAUUACUCCAAAAAGCUUUACUUCCAGACGCUGAAUAUAAACCACCAACAAAUGCUCCAAUCACUCAAAAAGAUUUCGACGUAAUUAGAGGUAAUACAAAUACUGUUCAAAGAGUUAUCGAUAUGGAAAGUAAAUUUGGUACUCUUCAUCAAACUCGUGAUAAUAAUAAAUCAUCAAAUGGUGGUGAAAAUAAAAAUUAA